AUGGUGCCCAGACUCUUGGCUGCUGUCUUCAUUUUUGGUCACCUGGGCUCCAACUCAGGACUCACAGAUCCUGGACUGUGGCUGUGCCAGCCAGCACCCAGGUGUGGGGAGCAGCCCUACAGCCCCUUGGAGCAGUGCUGUGAUGAGGGGCUCAUCCUGCCCUUGAACCACACCUGGUUCUGUGGCCCCCACUGCACCUUCUGGCCCUGCUUCCAGCACUGCUGCCUGGAGUCCUUGGGCUCUCAGAACCUGACGGUUGUGAGGUUCAAGGUCCCAGGAAAGAAGCCCGACUGCAUGUCAUCCCCUAUCACCAGGAUCUGUCCCCAGGCACAGGAAUAUCAGCCAAGUGGCCUUCUGCCAGGUCUGACUGAAACUGUACCUUCUCUGGGGAGCAGAGAAACGGGACACUCCAGAAUCUAAUAUUUGG